GCGGUCACGUGCUUUCAAUAAAGGCAACGGCACCCGUAUCGGGAAAUCAAAGAGGUCUUUUCCAAUGCACCUUUAUCCUUUGCUUUAGAAUUCGAGCCUGGGGUUACCUUAUUUCUAAUUUAAACAACUCAGGAGACAACUCAAAAACUGUGGGAAAAAGGAAUUCCGGGGGCCUACUAAACUUAUCCAUCAACAACCAAAUCAAAAUUACAUCAUGUCACAGCCUGAUUCUCUAAGUUGGACGCUACUGUUCAAAAAGCACAAGAUGACUGUGCUCCUGAUGCUCCCACCUUCCGCAACGAUUCCAACCGCCCAAGCCACACUUCUUCGAGCCCUUCAUUCACGCGGUCUAACAGAAAUCAAUGGCGACCCGGUACCGGAAGACUCAUCAGAUAUUGAACUUGGUAUUGCAGUAGACAAAAAUGAUCUAGGAAAGGGUUGGACUAAGCUUGAGUUUCAAACGCCGCAGUUCGAUGAAGAUGAAGCACCAAAACGAGGGGCGGGGAGGAGAUCUGCAGCCCCUCUGAGCUUACAAGCAGCUGAAAUUAGAAAUGGACAGCCAGUUGCUUUCAGGUUUCGGAAGCGCGGAGAGGAAACUGAAACGACUGAUGAACUGAUUGACCUCGAACUAGAGGACCCUGGUUGGGAUGUUGUUCUUCCUAGUUUGGAUGAUGAAGAGGAGGAAAGUUAAAUUAGACCAUAUACUUUCUAUCUUGAUGGGUAUUUUAUUUUUAUUGUAUUUUUUUUUAUUCCAUGGGUCUGGCGCAGGGCUGGGACGUGGUGCUAUUAGACGGCGUUCAUGAUCUUUCACUGGGUGGCUGAGAAUAUACAUUGACUUGACACGGACCCUUAGAAUCAUCUGUAUACAAUCCUGUAGCCCUCGCUUGUAGCGGUCUGCAUAUUCUCCCUAGUGCGUAGUCCUUGGUAUAUCAUGCCGUCGGUUUUGUCUGUCUAUUUCCUAAUAAAUGUGGAAAUAUACUCUUUCGGAGCCAUGUUGGUGUGUUAUACGUAACAUACUCCGGAGAACGGUUGGAUCGCCA